GGGGGACGAGUGGGCCCGUGGCCAUCACCCGCACGCCCAAACCCAACUGAAGCUAGCGUGGUGGCCGCCUCCUCCUCCUCCUCUGCCCGUUGCCACGUCACCCCUUCUUCCUCCCGGUCCGCCUAUAUCUUCCCCCCGAUCCCUUGCUCCCUCACCCUUCUUUCCUCCAACCUCUCCACACCGGACCACCCCCUCCUUCCUUUCCAGCUUCCACCACCACCCUCAUCAGCUCACUUCCGGUGAAGAAAAACCGUCUCACCGCCGCUUUCCGGUGAAGAAGAAGAGCGCAUUGCUGGGCUGGGAGCUGCUGUUUUUGUAAGCUUUGGUGUUCUGUUCUUGCUGUGUUGGUGGUGGCAUGGAGAGGCGUGGCAUGGAGAAGGGGACGUCGGCGGGGGCGAGGCGGCACGCCGACCAGCCGUCCUUCUCGUCGUCGCUGCUCGACGCGAUAUACAGGUCCAUGGAGGACGAGCCGGGCCACGCCGGCGGGGAGGCGGCGGUGACCAAGAAGCAGCAGCAGCAGAAGAAGCACGUGGAGGAGGCCCUGCACUACAGCUACUACUACAGGCCGUCGCUCGCCGGGAGCUACCGGGCGCCGGGGCCGCACGCCACCACGUCCAGCUCCUCCGAGUGCUCCAGCUACGGCGGCUUCUCCUCGUCCGAGGCCGAGUCGUCCAACCACCGCCGCCUGCGCCCCAUCCGCACGGUGGUGCCCGGCGGUCAGCCCGCGCCCGCGCCGGAGAAGAAGGCCAAGAAGCCGGCGGCGGCGGGGGCCUCGAUCCGCGCCAAGCUCAGGGACCUCCGCAAGCCGGCCUCCCCCGGCGCGCGCCUCGCGGGCUUCCUCAACACCAUCUUCGCCGGCAAGCGCAGCGCGCCGCAGACCCCGCCCUCGGCCCGGGCGGCGGCGGCGGCGGCGGCGGAGUACGCGUGCUCCUCGGCGUCGUCCUACUCGCGGUCGUGCCUGAGCAAGACGCCGUCCACGCGCGGGCACGCGAACCGCACCGUGCGGUUCGCGGACGGCGACCGCGAGGCGCCCGCCACGGUGCCCGGGGCGGACCGGCGGAGGGUGCCGGCGCUGGCGGUGGAGCAGAUGCUGCUCCGGCGCAUGGAGAUGGAGAGCGACGAGGACGAGGACGACGACGAGGACAGCAGCGACGCCAGCUCCGACCUGUUCGAGCUGGAGAACUUCGCCGCCGCCGUCGCCGUGCCGCCGGGCGCGGGGUACAGGGACGAGCUGCCGGUGUACGAGACGACCAGGGUGGUGCUGAGCCGCGGCAUUGGCCACGCGUACGGGCACGGCCGGAGCGCCAGGGUGGUCUGACGUUUGCGCCGAUCGGAUCGCGCGCGGUGACUGUAAAAUGCAAAAUUAGUUUAGCGAGAUGGGGGAGGUGUGGAGUAAGCGUUUUUUUUUAUUACGUGCUCUCUCUUUAACCUUUUGGCGUUUUUCUUUGGUGUUUUUGUGGGGUGUGGAGUGUACUCAGAUGUAAUUUCUAGCCGCAGGAAAUCAAUCAGCAACGUUGCUUUUCUACUA